AUGGCUAGUCCUUCUGUGCUGGCUUUCGAUGCUGAGGGCCGCCCACUGAAGUUUGAGAUUUGGCUCGAUAACUUACACCUAUUCCUCCAGCUCACUGCCAAGGAGGAUAUCUCACUGUACGAUCACGCGCUAGGCCAUGCUACUGCCCCUGCUGCUACAGCUGAUAGUACUGCCCGCUCACAGUGGCAGACUCGUGACGCUCACGCUCGCUUCGCUAUUCGCAACUCCCUGCCGGUAGAUGAGCGCGAGCACUUUGGCCAGCACAAAACUGCGCAGGCACUGUACACUGCUGUAGUUGCACGCUACUCCUCACCUGCCUCUGCUGCGCUAGGCCGUCUCUCGCUCCCCUACCUGUUCCCAGACCUGUCAGCUUUCUCCACAGUCUCUGACCUCAUCACGCACCUCCGCACUAGUGAGGCCCGCUUCCGUGCUGCUAUGCCCGCUGAGUUUCUUGACAAGAACCCCCCCCCGCUCUGGCUCACUCUCUACCACCUAGUCACUCGCCCCCCUGACACUCUGCGUUCAGUCAGGGACCACUUCCUAGCUCGCUGCCCCACUGAGCUCACCAUUGACCUCCUCGAGAAGGAACUGCUUGCAGCCGAGGCUAGCAUAGUCGCUGUAGGUGCCUCUCGUGGCGACCCCCGCACCCCUUUCUUCGAGGGGUGUUCCCCUUCCCCCCUUCUCCCCUCUGUCGCCUCUGCUGCUGCUGUCGACCUAGUUGGUACUGAGCAGGUCGGAACUGCGUCCGCUUCGAGCUGGCUCCGCAGCGGCAAGGGCAAAGGGGGCAAGGGAGGUGGAGGUGACGGCGGGGGAGGCGGUGGUGGGGGUGGUGGCGGCGGUGGGGGUGGUGGCGGGGCUGGAGGGGCUAGUGGCGGCGGUGGGGGUGGUGGCGGCAGCGGCGGGGGAGGUGGCAGGGGCGGGGGCAGUGGUGGUGGCGGCGGUGGACGCGGAGGCGGCAGGGGCGGUGGUGGACGGGGUGGCAGCGGCGGAGGUGGUGGUCGUGGAGGCGCUGGCGGUGGCCAGAGCCGGCAGCCGACUCCGUCGCCCCAGGAGCUUCGUGACCGCACUGGUCAGACGUGUGGGAGGGCGCACACCACGCAGCGCUGCUUCUCCCGCCUCGACGACGCUUGGCGUACUCAGUUCCCUGCUGCCACUGAGCUGCCCCGCUGGGCUGAUCUGAUGAAGAAAAACAUUGAUAUCUAUGCUCUAGACUUUGAUGCUAUUCUCACUGCCAUGUAUGUGUUGUCUACUAGUGGAGAGGGAGCUCAGUACCUGCGUGUUCCGCCCGACCCGGGCAUUCGGACCAGUGAGGCUGCCGCUCUAGGUGCUAGUGCGUCUGUUGCCCUAGGUGCUGGUGAGGCUGCCGCUCCAGGUACUCCCGUGUCUCCUGCCCCAGGUACUGGUGAGGCUACUGCUCUAGGUGCUCGUGAGUCUGCGCCCCCUGGUACUGAGUCUACUGAGGCACUGCACACCUUCACACUGGACUCAGGUGCUUCUCGCUGUUUCUUUCGUGACCGCACUGCCCUUGAGCAGCUUGCUCGGCCAGUUGCUGUCUCCCUUGCUGACCCCUCUGGGGGUCCGGUCAUUGCGACCUCCUCCACUGUCCUUCCUUGUCCUGCGGUUCCGUCGGGCACACUGUCAGGUCUCCACCUCCCCUCGUUCUCUACGAACUUGGUGGCGGGUUGUGCGCUCCAGGACGGGGGUGUCCACCAGUUCACCCCUGCCUACGAGCGCGUGACACACUGCACAUGUGCUCGGACGGGCCGUCACCUGGUUACCUUCACUCGGCAGCCGGGGUCGGACCUGUACACACUGACCACUGAGUCCCCUCAGGUAGCUGCGUCUGCGUCUACUUCAGGUCAGCUGUCUGCCCCCUGCUCGUGUCGCUCUCUAGCACACGAGACCGUCCUCUGGCACCACCGCCUUGGUCACCCGUCAGUGCAGCGCCUUCGUGCCAUGCACAAACGGUACCUUGUGUCUGGUCUUCCCAGGGUCCUCCCUCCCCUCCCACCCUCGCCUUCUCCUCCCUGUCUUCCCUGUGUCGAGGGGCGGCAGCGCGCCGCUCCUCACUCCUCCUCGUUUCCCCCGACGACUGCUCCCUUGCAGACGCUCCACAUGGACGUGUGGGGCCCAGCCCGCGUCCGUGGACAGGGUCAGGAGAGGUACUUCCUGAUCGUUGUUGACGACUACUCGCGCUACACCACGGUCUUCCCCUUGCGCACCAAGGGUGAGGUCCCUGAUGUCUUGAUCCCUUGGAUCCGCGCUUCUCGUCUCCAGCUCAGUGAGCGUUUCCACUCGGACUUUCCUGUCCUGCGUUUGCACUCUGACAGAGGUGGUGAGUUCUCCUCCGACCUCUUGGCAGCCUACUGUGCGGAGCACGGCAUCCGCCAGUCGUUCACGCUUCCGGCCUCUCCACAGCAGAAUGGGGUUGCUGAGCGCCGCAUUGGCUUGGUCAUGGAGGUCGCUCGUACCUCCUUGAUCCAUGCGGCUGCCCCCCACUUUCUGUGGCCGUUUGCGGUCCGAUACGCUGCGCAUCAGCUCAACCUCUGGCCCCGUGUCUCCUUGCCGGAGACUUCCCCGACACUGCGUUGGACGGGAGAGGUUGGCGAUGCGUCGCAUUUUCGGGUCUGGGGUUCUCGAGCUUUUGUUCGCGAUACGUCCGCGGACAAGCUCUCCUCCCGCGCUGUUCCUUGUGUCUUCCUUGGCUUUGUCACGGACGCGUCUGGUGCUGCUGUGGUAGACCCCCUCCCCCCUCAGGGUGCCGCUCCCUCAGGUGUGUCCCAGGUAGACCCAGUUGAGCCUGUCGAGGUAGCUGUCGACUCUCGUCCUGCUAGGGGUGCUGAGCCUGAGCGAGCGGAGCCUGAGCGUGCGGAGCCUGGGGGUGCGGAGCCUGGGGGUGCGGAGCCUGGGGGUGCUGAGCCUGGGGGUACGGAGCCUGGGGGUGCGGAGUCUGGGGGUGCUGAGCCUGGGGGUGCGGAGCCUGCGGGUGCUGAGUCUGGGGGUGCUGAGCCUGGGUGUGCUACGUCUGAGGGUGCUGAGACUGAGCGUGCUUCCCCUGGAGGAGCUCUCUCCUCACAGCAGCUACGAGAGUGGUACUUACAGUACUGCAGCCUCAGGAGGGGUGCUUCUGGAGCUAGGAGUGCUGCUGGAGCUGGUGCUAGUGCUUCCCCUCCUAGGCGGGAGCUGCCCUCUCCCCAGCGGCUCCGAGAGUGGUACACUCGGCGCUGCAGUCUCCGGAGUGGCGCUCCUAGUGCCGCGGACCCUGGUGCUGGAGGUGCUGCUGCUGCUGGCGGUGCUGCUGGUGCUGGAGCUGCUGGAGGUGCUGCUGCUGGCGGUGCUGCUGGCGCUGCUGGAGGUGCUGCUGGUGCUGGUGCUGCUGGAGCUGCUGGAGGUGCUGCUGCUGCUGGCGGUGCUGCUGGCGCUGCUGGAGGUGCUGCUGGUGCUGGUGCUGCUGGAGCUGCUGGAGCCGCUGGUCCAGGGGGUGCUCGUACUGGAGGUACUGGAGCUGCUGGGACUGGGCCUGCUGAGGGGGUUGUCGCUGGAGGUGCUGAGCGGCCGCGGCCGUACUACGUUCCGCUCCUUCAGCAGGUUCUUAGUCUCCCGCCCUCUACUGGUCCUUCUCCUCCCCUAUUGAGUCCACCGCCUGUCCAGUCGCAGUCACAGUUACAGCCAGCCUCUCCACUGCCUGGUCCUUCUCCUUACGCUGAGCCGACGGGAGGUCUUACGGAGCGUCGUGAGCCUGAGUCUCGUCCUCCGUCGCCUGAGUCUCGUCCAGCGUCGCCUGAGCCGCGUCCAGAGUCACCUGUCCGUGCUGUCCGCGCUGGUCGUCGUGCUCCGCGUGAGCGACCUCCUCCUGUCCCUGGCACUCACUAUAUGACUCUGCGUCCUUCCACUGCUCCACAGCGUGUCCCUCUGCCGUCUCCUCCUGCGUCCUCUCUUCCUGCUCUUGCUGACCCGGAGUCUGACUCUCUUCGUGCUGCCAGUCCUACUGUCAUGCGUCUCCUUGCCACUGUUGUCACUGACCCUUCCUUCGAGUCCUCUGCUGCGUCUGCUCUAGUCGCUGAGCUUGUUGACUUUGCUGCCGCCUGUCGUCUAGACUACGCCGCUAGCCUUGUUGCUGAGUCUGAGUCUGUCUGUCCUCCGUCCGUCGGGGGUGAGUGUGCUCUUGGCACGGACGUCCUUGAGGACAGACAGGAGGAGUUUGAGUGCUUUGCCGCUGCUUUGCCUCAUCUCGUGUCCAUGCUAGUUGCCCCUGAGGGAGACCCGGAUGCACCAGACAUCCCGACCCCACGCUCCUACGCAGAGGCGAUGGAGGGUCUCUACUCCUCUCAGUGGCAGACAGCCAUGGACGCAGAGAUGGCUUCCUGGAAAUCCACAGGCACCUACGUCGACGAGGUUCCCCCACCUGGGGCGAACAUCGUCAGUGGCAUGUGGAUUUUCAGGGUGAAGCGGCCGCCGGGUUCUCCGCCUGUCUUCAAGGCGCGUUACGUUGCACGAGGCUUCAGUCAGCGAGAGGGAGUUGACUUCUUCCAGACCUUCUCCCCGACCCCGAAGAUGACCACUCUUCGGGUUCUGCUGUACGUCGCCGCUCAGCGUGACUACGAGCUCCACUCUCUUCACUUCAGCACUGCGUUCCUACAGGGCAGCCUGCACGAGGAGAUCUGGCUGCGCCGCCCACCUGGCUUCACUGGGUCGUUCCCUCCUGGUACCCAGUGGAGCCUCCGGCGGCCAGUCUACGGUCUCCGCCAGGCACCCCGUGAGUGGCACGACACACUGAGGACUACGCUUGCGGCUCUUGGGUUUGCUCCUUCUACUGCUGACCCGUCGCUGUUUCUACGCACCGACACCACUCUGCCGCCGUUCUACGUUCUCGUGUACGUCGACGACUUGGUCUUUGCUACUGCUGACACUGAGGCACUCGCCCACGUGAAGUCGGAGCUGCAGAAGAGACACACGUGCACAGACCUGGGUGAGCUGACAAGCUAUCUUGGCUUGCGGAUCACCCGGGACAGAGCACAGUGCACCAUCACCUUGACUCAGUCACACAUGGUGCAGCAGGUCCUUCAGCGCUUCGGCUUCACGUACUCCUCGCCUCAGCCCACUCCUCUGCCUACCGGUCACUCGCUCUCAGCUCUGCCUUCGGAUGAGUCCGUAGAGCCGAGUGGCCCGUAUCCAGAGCUUGUGGGCUGCCUCAUGUACCUGAUGACCUGCACUCGACCUGACCUUGCAUACCCUCUUAGCAUCCUAGCACGCUAUGUCGCUCCUGGCCGUCACCGGAAGGAGCACAUGGAUGCCGCUAAGAGGGUGUUGCGUUACAUGUGGAGUACGUCGGGCAUGGGGCUUGUGCUUGGAGGACGGCGCGACGUUGUCCUCACUGGACACUCAGACGCUUCUUGGGCUGACGACCAGGCUACGCAGCGGUCGUCUCAGGGUUACACCUUCAGCCUUGGCUCUGGCUCUGUUUCCUGGCGUUCUACACGCUCUUCUUCUGUUCUCAGCUCCAGUUGUGAGGCUGAGAUCUACGCCACAGCCAUGGCGGCCCAGGAGCUACGCUGGCUCACCUACCUGCUGACCGACCUCGGAGAGCGGCCUCGUUCUCCUCCAGUGCUGUACGUCGACAACAAGGCAGCCAUUGCCUUGUGUGAGGAGCACAGACUGGAGCACAUAACGAAGCACAUCGCUCUGCGCUACUUCCUAGCGCGAGAGCUGCAGCAGAGAGGUCAGCUUCGUCUCUCGUACGUGGCCACUCGGGCCAACACUGCUGAUGUGUUCACCAAGGCGCUUCAGCCUUGUGAUCAUCAGCGUUUCUGUACUGUUCUAGGCCUUGUGCCUACUCUCCCUCACUUGCUCACUUCUUGA